GACAGUGAGCAGUCAUUGUGCGUAAAGGACCGUGACAGUCCGGAGCGGCAGGAGUUAGAGGAGGGGAAGAAGAAGGAGAAGAAGAGGGCUGUUACCUACCAGACUCCUCUUUACCUGCAGCUGACGGAAACAUGCGAUGUUAUAGCUUCACUUGUGCCUUCGCAGACACCUUCAGGGAGUUCACAUGUUAACGCGCGUCCACGAGGAGGAGGAGGUCAUGUUUAGACGCAGACGAGCGGCAGAGCUUGGAGUUUGGAUGUGUGUUUCCUAGCUGUGUCCCGAUGUAAGAAGACAUCGUUCAAGAAGCGGGAGGGAAAACAGCCACAAACGGAGCACCGCGAAUGUAGUCUUAAAGCGGAAAAGCGAAACACUGUAGUACCAGUCAGUGUCUUCCUGCGGUCAUCCUCGUGUGUGUGUGUGUGUGUUUCUGUUACCCGCCGUGUGUCUGUGUCUGUGUCGCUAAAGUAAAGGGAGGAUGCAGGUGAAGAAGCACCGGGAUUCGGACCAGAGCAGCGGGGGGGACAUGCUGGAGGGAGACGGCGGCCUCCGCAAAAAGUCCUCCUGCUUCUCGAAUAUCAAGAUAUUCUUGAUAUCGGAAUGCGCCCUCAUGUUGGCACAGGGGACCGUCGGAGCUUACCUGGUGAGCGUGCUGACCACCCUGGAGCGGCGGUUCAACCUGCAGAGCGCCGACGUGGGAGUGAUAGCCAGCAGCUUCGAGAUCGGCAAUCUGGCCCUCAUCCUGUUCGUCAGCUACUUCGGGGCCAAAGCACACCGGCCGCGUCUGAUCGGCUGCGGUGGGAUCGUCAUGGCGCUCGGGGCUCUUCUCUCAGCGCUGCCCGAGUUUCUCACCAAACAGUACGAGAUCGGGGAGACGUGGAGGACUGACGUGGGUCGGGAUAUUUGCUCGAACACCAGCAGCAAGGACGCUCAGUCGGGCGAGGAUGCUGUGUGCGCCAAAAAGGCCAACACUAACAUGAUGUACCUGUUGCUCAUCGGGGCGCAGGUCCUGCUGGGGAUCGGAGCCACGCCGGUGCAGCCCUUGGGUGUUUCCUACAUCGACGAUCAUGUGAAGAAGAAAGACUCUUCUCUUUAUAUAGGUAUCCUCUUUUCCACUCUGGUGUUUGGGCCUGCAUGUGGCUUCAUCCUUGGCUCCGUCUGCACAAAGUUCUAUGUGGAUGCCAUCUUCAUUGACACAAGUCAACUGAACAUCACUCCAGACGACCCGCGUUGGAUCGGGGCCUGGUGGGCGGGCUUCCUCCUGUGUGGUGCCUUACUCUUUUGCUCCUCCAUCCUGAUGUUUGGCUUCCCUCAGUCACUGCCGAACAAGGAGAGGGAGGAAGGGACUGAGAGCGAGCAGGUUAUGCUCCCUCCAUCUAUGAACUCAGAGUAUGAGACUCCUAAAUCCAGCAACGGGCUCGUAGGCAACCACGAGCCUGCCAACAGCCCCACCUGCUGUCAGCAACUCAGGGUGAUCCCCAAGGUGACCAAGCACCUCCUGUCCAACCCCGUGUUCACCUGCAUCAUCCUGGCCGCCUGUAUGGAGAUCGCCGUGGUCGCCGGUUUUGCAGCUUUUCUGGGGAAAUACCUCGAGCAGCAGUUCAACCUCACCACCACCUCAGCAAACCAGCUGCUAGGUAUGACGGCUAUUCCAUGUGCAUGUCUGGGGAUUUUCAUGGGCGGUCUGCUGGUGAAGAAGCUGAACCUGUCGGCACUCGGAGCCAUCCGCAUGGCCAUGCUGGUCAACCUGAUCUCCACUCUGUGCUAUGUCUCCUUCUUGUUCCUGGGCUGUGACACGGGUCCUGUUGCCGGGGUGACCGUCACUUACCCCAACAGGACUCUGCAGGUGGGCGAGAAACCAGAAGCCCAGUGCAUCAGUACCUGCAACUGCUUCACCUCCUCCAUCAGCCCGGUGUGCGGCUCAAACGGGGUCACGUACCUGUCCCCCUGCUUCGCCGGCUGCUCCCGAAAAGUAAGCUCUCCGACCGGGUCGGAAAUGUCUCAGACUCUGAAAGGUUGUGCCUGUGUUUCCUCUGAGAGUGAGUCUGCCACAGCGGAGCCAGGGAAAUGUCCGAUGCCGGGCUGCCAGGAGUCGUUCCUCAUCUUCCUGUGUGUGAUCUGUGCCUGUAGCCUGGUCGGAGCCAUGGCCCAGACUCCCUCCGUUAUCAUCCUGAUCAGGACUGUGAGCCCUGAACUGAAAUCCUACGCACUUGGAGUGUUGUUUCUGUUGCUGCGACUCCUCGGCUUCAUCCCGCCUCCUCUGAUCUUCGGCGCCGGCAUCGACUCCACCUGUCUCUUCUGGAGCUCGGACUGCGGCGUCAAGGGCGCCUGUCUGCUCUACGACAACGUGGCCUACAGGCACCUGUACGUGAGCCUCGCCAUCAUCCUCAAGGGCGUGGCCUUCCUCCUCUACACCACCACGUGGUAUUGCUUACACAGGAACUACAAGAAGUACAUCAAGAGCCACGAGGGUCACAUGACACGCACGGAGUUUUACCCGUCGCUCACGGACGGCCCCAAACAAGUGGACAGGACAAAGUUUAUAUACAACCUAGAGGACCACGAGUUCUGUGAAAAUAUGGAGUCAGUUUUGUAGUUCUUUACACAGAAGAUGGACAAAGUGGACAUUAUUCUUUCUAAAAGGAAUAUUUGAUGAUGUCAUUGUUCUUCUCUUGAAAGGAAGAUUUAUAUAUCUAGCUAUAGAUAGAUAGAUAAAUAUAUAAAUCUAUCUAUAUAUAUAUAUAUAUAUAUAUGAAGGCAAUCUAUCUAUUUAACACUUUGUUCAGGUAAACUUUCAGAAGGGUCCAUUAAGUCGUUUACGUACCAGUGAGGUGUUGCUCGGGGUCGGCUGUUGAACUCCAGUGGAGGGGGGGGAGGGGUGUAGUCGACAUCUACAGCACUGCUUCACUCAAGUCCUAGCUGAUUAUUAGCCAUCGGACGUGAUGUUACGUCAACCGUAGCUGCCAUAUUGUUUUAGGUUCGUUAUGAUUCCAGUGAACUGUGUGAGAAAUGAGUUUCCUUUCAGAGUGCUGUGUAUUCUGCCUGUCACUCAUUCAGAAGUGAGAUCAUUAAACAACGUUUGGGUGGUUCCCUCUUUUACUCAUAUUUUUAAAAAAGUUGCCAAGUGUUUACAAACUAAUACUGUAGUUCCAUUUUCAAAUGCAGGAAGGUUUUUUUUCUUCCCGUAUUAGAUGAAAAAUGUCCAUCAAUGAAAUCACUUUAAAGCAGAUUUUUUUUAUGUCAGGAUGCAUCAGUUUGUCCGUCUCUUGCUGGAUAACAGGCACUGUUUUGAUACUGUUUAGACUAGACUGUGAAGUCUUGUCUCAUAGCUGAAAAUGUGCAAUUUGUGUCUGAUACCACGUCCAUGUUCUUUACUAGUUCAGUGUCAGACUGCAGGUUUGUUUUCUCAUUCUAAUCGUUUCUUUCAUUUGUACUUUUUUUGUUUUUCAUCAGCAGACUUUAUUCAGCCUAAUAUGUCUUAAUAAGGGAUUUUUUUUUUUUUUUUUUUUUUUCAAAGACGAAUGUUCAUUCAUUGUAUUUUCAUUUGGCUUUUGCACAUAGUGGAAGAAAAAAACAAUAAUAUUUGUAUGUGUUUGGAAUUCAAGUAAAAGAAAAAAAAAAGGAGUAAUAAUAUAUUUGUUUUAUUAAGCCCAGGAUGUUUUGUUAAAUUGUAUUUGAAAGUACAAUAUAAUUUAUAUAUAUAUAUAUAUAUAUAUAUAUAUAUAUAAUCUAAUUAUUGAGAUGUGUGUGUUUGAUGUCACAUAAGAUUUGGGAUUUAAUUCAUAGACAUGAAAGUAGUACGUUUUAUAAGAAGGAAACAGAUUCGGUGUCUUCAAACUAGGCCGGUUAUUUUUGGGAUACAAGUAACAAGAAUUGGUACAGGAAGCUGUGUGUGUGUGUGUGCAGAGUCAAACAAAGUGAACACCAUCGACAACACACUGGAUUUAUUUCUACACAUUGUAUGAAGAACGGUUCAUGCAGCGAAGCACACACUACCUGUUACUCUGCUGAUCUCGCUGUAGUUACAGUUUGGACAUUGUCCCCCCUUUUUUCUUACACUUUUUGUAUGGCAACAUAUGGUUUAUUUUACUCUGGAAAUAAAUUAUUUUUCAGAAAACAAAUUCA